UCAACAGAGAGCCCCAUUCUCAAACCAAGCAGGGAUGGUUCUCACCCUUCUUAUACAAAUCGGGCUCAAGCCCAUCCCCCAUUGCUUCCCAUAAAACAUCUUGACCGCUGCACCCCCAAUUUGAAGGAGCAUCUUCCUCUUCCCACAGCACCUCGUCUAGCAUUGGCUCUGGAUGGUCCUGGCCCCCUGCCCUUAUCUUGCCCUCCGGGGGCUGUUUGCAGAGAGAGGUUUAAAUGGGUGGACCCAAUGGACAGCCAGGGUGCAGGGAGCCAGAGGACAAGGCUGUGUGUCUGCCUCACUCACCGUCCUCGCUCUGCACCAUGGGGAAGGACAGGCUGCCCGGUGGCCCGAACAUCUUCCUCCUGCUCCUCUUCCUCCUCCCUGGAGACACGUCGCCCACCACCGAACCGCAGUACAUGGUGCUAGUGCCCUUUCUGAUCCACACCAACGUUCCUGAAAAGGUCUGUAUCCAGCUGACCCACCUGAACGAGUCUGUGACGCUGAGCGCCACGCUGGAAUACACAGGGGAGAACAGGAGCCUGAUCGCAGAUGUGGUGUCGGAGAAGGACGUGUUCAAGUGCGUCCCAUUCACGCUUCCCAAAUCUAACAGCUCGGCAGCAGCGUUUCUCACGGUGCUGGUGAAGGGGCCGACGCUGGAGUUCAGGAGCCGGAAAUCGGUGCUGGUCAAGAACUCAAAGAGCCUGGUCUUUGUACAGACAGACAAACCCAUCUACAAACCGGGACAAACAGUCCUGUUUCGAGUUGUCUAUCUGGAUGAAAACUUCCAUCCUCUGAAUAGGUUGGUUCCACUGGCCUAUAUUGAGGACCCCAAGAGGAACCGCCUGUAUCAGUGGCAAGAAGUUGAGUUAAAAGGGGGCUUCACCCAGCUCUCCUUCCCCCUCACUUCCGAGCCCAUCCAAGGGACCUACAAAGUGGUGGUGCAAAAGGGCUCUGGGGACAAGGUGCAACACCCCUUUACUGUGAAGGAAUAUGUGCUGCCCAAAUUUGAAGUGCUGGUGAAGCUGCCCAAGAUGAUCAGCAUCCUGGAGGAGAAGUUGAAGGUGACAGUCUGUGGUCUCUACACCUUUGGAAAGCCAGUCCCUGGCCUUGUGAACUUCCGUGUGUGCCGGAAAUAUAACCACCCAGGCACCUCCUGUUAUGGCGAGGAUGCAAAGGCAGUGUGUGAGGAAUUCUCCGGACAGGCAGACAGCCAUGGCUGCAUUUCUGAAGUGGUAAAGACCAAGAUAUUCCAGCUCAGGCGAGCUGGGUACGAGGAUAAAAUCCACGUGGAAGCCAACAUUAAAGAGGAGGAGACCGGGGUGGAGUUAACUGGGACGGGCUCCUGCAAACUCACAUCCAUCAUUAGCAAAGUCACCUUUGAGAAGGUGGACUCCCAUUACAAACCUGGGGUCCCCUUCUUUGGGCAGGUGAAGCUGGUGGAUGGGACCAAUGCGCCAAUCACCAAUGAAAUAGUCCAGAUUUCCGUGGAAGAGAGCGACUAUCAAGUCAACUACACGACGGAUGAACAGGGGCGAGCACGGUUUGCCCUGGACACAUCUAAGUUCAAGUUUGCCUCCAUUGGGCUCAGAGCAACUCAUAAAACAGGCACCUACUGUUACGACCGUUCCUGGACCAGUCCUUCAUACGAAUUGGGCUAUUUCAGAGCAAAGCGGUUUUACUCUUCGAGUAACAGCUUUCUCAAAAUAGAGCUUGUGUCAGAGACGCUAAGCUGUGGCCAUACUCAGGAAGUCCGGGUGCACUAUAUCCUGAAGCCAGAGGCCAUAGGGGAGCAGAAGGAAAUCGUCUUCUACUAUUUGGUGAUGGCCAAAGGAGGCAUUGUGCGAGCAGGGACCCAGGCUCUGGCUGUGGAGCAUGGUGAUGUUAAUGGGACUUUCUCACUGAUGCUCCCCGUGGAGUCUGAUAUUGCUCCCCUUGCACAGAUGCUCAUAUACACCACUUCACCCAGUCAGGAGCCGAUUGCUGAUUCAGUCAAAUUCCAGGUCGAAAAUUGCUUUGCCAAUAAGGUCAACUUGCAUUUCUCACCGGCCGAGGGCCUCCCUGCCUCCGACACUCACCUCCGGGUUGGAGCCUCCCCGGGCUCCCUGUGCGCCGUCCGUGCUGUGGACAAGAGCGUCCUCCUCAUGAAGCCUGAAGCCGAGCUCUCGCCCAGCUCUGUGUAUAACCUGCUGCCAGUGAAGGAACUUCAGGGAUAUCAUCAUGGCACAGACGUGCUGCCGAUGGAUCCCCAGGAGGAGUGCAUUGCCGCAGAGAAGAUAAUUGUGAAUGGAGUCACCUAUGCUCCAGUGUCAGAGCCAGAUGAAGAGGACACUUAUAGCAUCUUGAAGGAAAUGGGUUUAAAGGUCUUCACAAACUCCAAGGUGAGAAAGCCACAUUACUGCCUCCAUUUCCCUCAAGUUGCUUGGGGUUACAGAAGUGCUGAAGGACUUAGCAAUGAAAUCAGGAUGCCAGCACAAGGACUCAGGAGAACUGGUUACCCUGCCAUGGCUGAGACCCUUCCAACAGAGGUGGAGACAGUUCGAAAGUAUUUCCCGGAGACAUGGAUUUGGGAUUUAGUGUCUGUGAACUCCAACGGAAGUGCUGAAUUGCCCUUGACAAUCCCUGAUACCAUCACAGAAUGGAAAGCCAACAUGUUCUGCACCUCGAGUGACACUGGCUUUGGCCUGUCCCCAACCGUGUCCCUCAGAGCCUUCCAGCCCUUCUUUGUGGAGCUCACCCUGCCCUACUCCGUGGUGCGUGGCGAGGCCUUCACGCUAAAGGCCACUGUCUUCAACUACCUGACCCGCUGCAUCAGGGUCAACAUCUCACUGGCUCCAUCUGCUGACUUCCGAGCUACCCCUGUGGAGAAGGAAGAGGACUCUUACUGUCUCUGUGCGAAUGGAAGAAAAACAGUGUCCUGGGCUGUGACCCCAAAAUCUCUGGGUAAUGUGAAUUUCUCGGUAAGUGCAGAGGCCCUGAAGACGGAGCUGUCCUGUGGGAACGAGGUAGCAGUGCUCCCUGAGACAGGACGGAAGGAUACAGUGAUCAAACAGCUGUUAGUGGAGCCUGAAGGGAUUGAGACGGAAGCAACCUUCAACUCUCUGCUCUGUGCAAAUGGAAAUUCAGAAGCAGGGAAGAUUUCCCUGAAGCUUCCACCGAACGUGGUAGAGGGCUCUGCCAGAGCCUAUGUGACAGUGCUGGGCGAUAUCCUGGGCACAGCCAUGCAGAACCUGCAGCAGCUUCUCCAGAUGCCCUUUGGCUGCGGGGAGCAGAACAUGGUCCUGUUUGCCCCCAACAUCUACGUCCUGGACUAUCUGAAUAAGACAGGGCAGCUGAGCGAGGAGACCAAAUCCAAGGCCAUCGGAUACUUAGUCAGUGGUUAUCAGAGGCAGCUGAAUUACAAGCACCUGGAUGGCUCUUACAGCACAUUUGGGGAGCAUUUCAGGCAGCCGGGGAAUACCUGGCUGACGGCCUUCGUCCUCAAGUCCUUCGCGCAGGCCCGCUCUCACAUCUUCAUCGAGGAGAAGCACAUCCAGGAUGCUCUGGCCUGGCUCGCUGGCAAGCAGAAGGACAACGGCUGCUUCCGCAGCUCUGGGAUGCUCCUUAACAAUGCCAUAAAGGGCGGGGUGGACGAUGAGGUCACGCUCUCUGCCUACAUCACCAUCGCACUGCUGGAGAUUCCUCUGCCCAUCACUCACUCUGUGGUCCGUAGUGCUUUAUUCUGCCUGGAGACAGCCACGGACCAGGGAGGAAAGCACGUGUACACGAAGGCACUGAUGGCCUACGCCUUCACCCUGGCAAGGAAGGAGGAGAAGCGCAGGGCACUGUUGGACUCACUUGACAAGGAAGCUGUGAAAGAGGAUGGCUCCGUUCACUGGCAGAGGCCCAGGAAGCAGCCAGAGGCCGAUCUCCCCUUCUAUCACCCCCGUGCUCCCUCCGCUGAGGUGGAGAUGACGUCCUACGUGCUCCUUGCUUACCUCACCGCGCAGCCAGCACCAUCCCAAGGAGACCUGUCAUUAGCAGCUCAAAUUGCAAAGUGGAUCAGCAAGCAGCAGAAUCCCAACGGGGGCUUCUCCUCCACCCAGGACACAGUGGUGGCGCUCCAGGCGUUGUCCCGAUACGGAGCCUCUACUUACACCAAGAGCGGAGGAGCGUCCACAGUGACCCUGCAAUCCACAGGGAAUUUCCAGGCCCAGUUCCAGGUGGAUCACACAAACCGUCUGCUGCUCCAGCGUAUGGCACUGCCAGAGGUGCUAGGGGACUACAGCAUGGGGGUGAGAGGAGAAGGAUGUGUCUACGUGCAGACCAGCCUGAGGUACAAUGUGCUCCCCAAGCCAGAAGAGGCACCGUUCGCGCUGGAGGUGCACGCGGUCCCUGAGACGUGUGACAGCCCCCAGGUCUACAGGACUUUUAGCAUCACCAUAAACAUCAGCUACACAGGGAAACGCCCCGUCUCCAACAUGGUCAUUGUUGACGUUAAGAUGCUGUCAGGAUUCAUCCCUGUGAAGUCAUCAGUGAGGAAGCUGGAAGGACGUCACCACAUCCACCGCACAGAACUGAGCACCAACCACGUGCUGCUCUACAUGGAGCAGGUGAGCAACGUGACUCAGAGUUUCUCCUUCGCGGUGGAGCAGGACUUCCCCGUGCAGAGCCUGAAGCCGGCGGUGGUGAAAGUCUAUGAUUACUACGAGACGGAUGAAUUUGCCAUCGCCGAGUACAGUGCCCCCUGCAGCAAAGCUAAUGUUGAGCAGGAAAAUGCGUGAGUGACGGAGCUGUAUUCUGGGCCCUGCUGGAUCCUCUCUGCUCAUCUCUUCAUGCAGCAAUUCCCCCUGGCAAAGUGGUUUGAUAUAGUGCUGAGGAAAACCCCUCAGCACCAUAUAAUUAAUGUUAUAAAUAAAUUGUCAUGAUUCU